AUGCAUGCAAACAAUGGCAGUAUAAGGAAUCAUAACUGCCGUCCCAAAAGCAACUUAUCAUCUCCAGACUCCAAGUGUGUCCAUAGUUUCAUAAAGAUGCCUUUCUCUCUCUGCAGAGCUGCUGCUUUCUCUCCCUUCUUGCUUGCAAAUUCACACUCAGUGCUUGGAGCCCAAAAGCUGUUUUCCAAGUUAACCUCAAAGGACACUACCACUACCAGCUCCUCCAUUAAUGAAAACCUUCUUGGAACUGAUAAGUCUCAAUUUAGAGUCAGCCUUUGGCUCUACCUAUGUCUACUUGUCACAGCUCUAUUGGGCAUAUCUUAUGCUGUUAUCAGCAUAUUAGGCUUCAGUCAAGGGAUCAAUUCACCAUGGGGGAUAGGAGAAUCUUUGUUCAGGUUAGUUCAAGCAAUAACCCAAGUUGUAAUUUUGGUUCUUAUUGCUCAUGAGAAAAAGUUUGGAGCUAUUUCUCAUCCUCUGUCCCUUAGAAUAUAUUGGGUUGCAAAUUUUAUUGUUCUGUGCUUAUUCUCUGCUGUGGCUAUCUUUCGGCUGAUCUCUAAUGGUGGAGAUGUGAAUCAAUAUGUCAAAAUGGAUGACAUAUUUUUCUUGGCUACUAUUCCAUUAUCUGCUUUUCUUUUCAUUGUUGCUGUUAAGGGGUCAUCUGGGAUUAGUGUGAUUAGAGAAUCUGAAUCUGGUAGAAACUUGAGACCAGAAGGGUAUGAACCCAUUUUGACAGAGUCUGAUGUGAGUGGCUAUGGUAAGGCUUCUUUGUUGUCAAAAGCAGUAUGGCUUUGGAUGAAUCCGUUGAUAAAUAAGGGAUACAAAGCCCCUCUAAAGAUAGAUGAAGUCCCUACGCUUGCCCACCAGCAUCGGGCUGAAAGAAUGGCAGAGCUCUUUGAAACCAAUUGGCCAAAGCCGGGGGAGCGGUCAAAAAACCUUGUAUUAACCACAUUAAUCCGAUGCUUCUGGAAGGACAUUGCCUUCACUGGUUUCCUUGCCCUCUUGCGAGUGGCUGUCACGUAUGUUGGUCCAGUCCUAAUCCAAAGUUUUACAGAUUUCACUUCUGGGAAAAGCAGCAACCCAUAUGAAGGAUAUUAUCUAGUAUUAAUCCUCCUGAUUGCUAAACUCAUCGAAGUCCUCAGUUCACACCACUUCAAUUUCUAUUCUCAGAACCUUGGGAUGCUUAUUAGGUCCAGUGUCAUCACUACCUUGUAUAAGAAGGGCCUCACAUUGUCUUGUUCCUCCAGGCAGGCUCAUGGGGUAGGACAGAUUGUGAAUUAUAUGGCUGUUGAUGCCCAGCAGCUCUCUGACAUGAUGAUGCAGCUUCACUCGGUAUGGACGAUGCCAUUACAAGUUGGUGUGGCAUUAGCCCUACUAUAUUUUUACAUGGGUGUCUCAAUGUUUGCGGCAUUGAUAGCAGUCAUUGCAGUUUUAAUCUUCACUCUGAUGCGUACCCGGAGGAACAAUAGAUUACAGUACAGUGUGAUGAUGAACCGCGAUUUGAGGAUGAAGGCGACAACAGAGAUGCUUAACAAUAUGCGUGUGAUCAAGUUUCAAGCAUGGGAGGACUACUUCUAUGAGAGAAUCCGAGGUUUUCGUGCAUUGGAGUAUGGCUGGCUCAGCAAGUUCAUGUACUCGAUUUCUUGCAACUUGGUUGUGCUCUGGAUCACCCCUGUUGUUAUAGCAGUUCUUAUAUUUGCGGUUUCAGUUUUGUUGAGAGUCCCUCUUGAUGCUGGGACAGUGUUCACAGCAACAUCAGUAAUAAAAAUUCUACAGGAUCCAAUCCGGAACUUUCCACAGGCUCUUAUUUCAAUUUCACAAACAAUGAUCACAUUAGGGAGGUUGGAUAGGUACCUGACAAGUCGGGAUCUUCAAGAUGUCUUGGUGGAGAGAGAGGAAGGUUGUGAUGGUCCUAUUGCAGUGGAGGUGAAAGAUGGGGGCAGUGAGGAGGUUCUGAAAGAUGUGAAUCUUGAGAUCAAAAAAGGGGAGCUUGCUGCGAUUGUUGGAACUGUUGGAUCGGGGAAGUCUUCGUUAUUGGCUUCAAUUCUUGGUGAGCUGCACAAAAUUUCAGGAAAGGUCAGAGUUUGUGGGACUACAGCUUAUGUGGCACAAUCAUCUUGGAUACAGAAUGCAACUAUUCAAGAAAACAUCUUGUUUGGUUCACCGAUGGAUAGGCAAAGAUACAGAGAAGUAAUAAGAGUUUGUAGCCUGGAGAAGGAUUUGGAAAUUAUGGAUCAUGGAGACCGGACAGAAAUUGGAGAGCGUGGAAUCAACCUUAGUGGUGGUCAGAAGCAGCGAAUACAACUUGCUAGAGCCAUAUAUCAGGACUGUGACAUCUAUCUUCUUGAUGAUAUAUUUAGCGCUGUUGAUGCCCAAACUGGAUCAGAAAUAUUCAAGGAAUGCGUGACAGGAGCACUGAAAGAUAAGACAGUUUUACUUGUAACCCAUCAAGUUGACUUAUUGCCCAAUGCCAAUCUUAUAUUGGUCAUGCGAGAUGGGAAAAUUGUGCAAUCUGGGAGGUAUGAAGAGCUUCUUGAAUAUGGGAUGGAUUUUGCUGAACUUGUGGCUGCCCAUCAAACCUCCAUGGAACUUGUAGAAAUGAACACUACCAUGUCUGUUGACUACCCACAACAAACACCAAAAUCACCUCAUGCCUCCUCAAGCCCAAGGGAACUUACUAGUGAAAAUAGGUCUUUAGACCGAUCAAAGUCUCAAAAAGGAAAUUCAAAACUCAUUGAAGAUGAGGAAAGAGAAACUGGCCAAGUCAGCUUAGAUGUGUACAAACAGUAUUGCACUGAGGCAUUUGGGUGGUGGGGAGUAGCAGCUUCAUCUCUUAUGGCAAGUGACUACUGGCUGGCAUACGAGACUUCAGAUGAACAAAUUUUCAACCCUUCUUUGUUUAUCAACAUAUACUCAAUCAUAGCUGUGGUUUCGUGUGUAGUGGUGUUAAUUAGAGCAUUCCUUGUGACAUUUUUGGGUCUGAAGACAUCUCAGAUAUUCUUCAAUCAAAUUCUGAACAGCAUCCUGCAUGCUCCAAUGUCAUUCUUUGACACUACUCCCUCAGGAAGAAUAUUAAGUCGUGCAUCAACAGAUCAAACCAACAUUGACUUUUUAAUUCCCCUAUUUUUGGGUAUGACAAUUAUGAUGUACUUUGGAUUACUUGGCGUUGUGAUCAUUACUUGCCAGUACGCUUGGCCAACAGUAUUCCUCUUACUCCCAAUGGUUUGGCUGAAUAUCUGGUACAAGGGAUAUUACCUUGCGACAUCUCGCGAAUUAACCCGGCUUAGUUCAAUCACUAAAGCCCCAGUCAUUCAUCACUUCUCGGAGACCAUUUCUGGUGUCAUGACCAUACGGGCCGCUUUCCUCUGCACUUCAACCUUGUUCAUGAUUAUGUUGCCAAGCUCUAUUGUGAGGCCAGAGUAUGUUGGUUUGUCUCUUUCCUAUGGUCUGGGACUGAAUGCUUUGCUGUUUUGGACCAUAUAUGUGACUUGUACCUUGGAGAAUCGAAUGGUUUCCGUUGAGAGAAUCAAACAGUUCAUUAGAAUCCCAUCAGAAGCUGACUGGAAGUUGACCGGUUCAGGUCCCUCUCCCAACUGGCCCAGUCGUGGUGACAUUGAAAUAAAAGACUUGCAGGUUAGGUAUCGGCCAAAUACUCCUCUGGUUCUCAAAGGCGUAAAUCUUAGCAUCCAUGGAGGAGAGAAGAUUGGUGUUGUUGGCCGUACUGGCAGUGGGAAGUCAACUCUGAUUCAAGUUUUCUUUAGGCUGGUUGAGCCUUAUUCGGGUAAUAACACAAUAAUAAUUGAUGGUGUUGACAUUGCAAGCUUGGCCUUCAUGAACUUCGGUCGCGAACCUGUCCUUUUUCAAGGAACAAUAAGAAGCAAUAUAGACCCAAUUGGGUUGUAUUCUGAGGAAGAGAUAUGGAAGAGUCUUGAACGCUGCCAGCUGAAAGAUGUGGUUGCUGCAAAGCCUGAAAACUUGAUGCUUCAG